AAUCAAAAGAUGAAGAGAUUGCAAUGUUUAGCAAACUCGCAUUCACUGCCAGUAGUCCAUAUUUCUGUUAUUGUUGCUGCUCUAAAUGAAGCAGCCAACAUAUCACAAGUAUUACAGAGUGUAAUAAAUGAAGCUAAGGAUCCUUGUGCAAUCAAUGAAGUUGUUCUUGUAGACGCUGGUAGUCGGGAUAAUACAGUAGACCUUGCGAAGAAGAUGGCGUCGAAGUCUAAGGUUCCUAUAAGAAUUAUUUCGAGUCCAGAACGAGGUAGAGCUUUUCAGUUUAACUGGGGAGUUAGAUAUGCAGCCUCUUCCAAUGUAUUUCUUUUCCUUCAUGGAGAUACAAUACUUCCAAAACACUAUGACGAAACUGUCAGAGACACUUUAUUGAAACCGAACACUGUUGCAGGUGCUUUCUCUUUGGGAUUUCGGAAUAGUGAACGUAAGCUUGCCCUCACCUUCAUUGCGUUCUUUGCAAAUGUACGGUCAAAACUGUUUCAGUUGCCUUUUGGAGAUCAAGGUUUAUUCCUGUUUUCGACCAAGUUUCACAAGUUGGGUGGUUUCCCACGUCAACUUUUUAUGGAAGAUGUGGAAAUAAUAAGCCGAUUGAAGCGUCUUCAUCAAGGACGAAUAAGGAUAGCUCCAGUUAAAGUCUGGACGGACGCAAGACGUUGGAAUUCUGUUGGUAUAUGGAAGACUACUUUGUUGAAUCAGUUUCUUUUGUUUUGUUAUUACUUUCGUUUGGUCAGAUUAGAUAAGCUUGCACUUUGGUACCAUCAAUUGUAUACAGUCGAUGACCGCCUGCGAAACGAAAUGGUCUCAAAUAAACUUUUUUGAUUUCCAAUGUCAUGAAGUGGU